AUGUCUAAGGUCGCUAUCAUCACCGGCAGCACACGCACACCUCGCGUGGGAACCAGUGUGAGUAACUGGGUGCUGGAAACGCUUAAGAGCCGACCCACCGCUGGCCAAGAGUCCGAUCUGGAGCUUGUUCCCGUGGAGAUCGCCGAUUACAAGCUGCCGAUAUUUGACGAAUCGGUCAUCCCAGCCUCGGUGCCGGAGAAGGCACAAUUUCAGCACGAGCACUCCAAGCGAUGGAGCGGCGCGAUUAAGUCGUUUGCGGGGUACAUAUUUGUUGUGCCCGAGUAUAACUUCGGAGUCGCAGGUGGAUACAAGAAUGCGAUUGACUACCUGUAUAACGAGUGGAUCGGCAAGCCCGUCAUCGUGGUCUCCUACGGCAUCCAAGGUGGAAAGACAGCGUCCGCGCAGUUGUCCAGCAUACUGGAGGCUAUGAAGCUCCGUGUGGCGCCGACCAAGAUUCAGCUAGACUUCCCAGGUGGGCUGGGGCCAGAAGUAUUCGGUGCCAUGAACGAGGGCAUUCUCGGGAAGGACACCAAGAAGUCGUGGAACGAGGCCGCAGUGAAGGACGAACUGUUCAAAGGAUGGAUUGAGUUUGUGGGACUGCUGAACGAGAAGGCUAAGGAGGAUGCUCAAGCCGAUAAGAACUAG